UAGCAAACCAAAUAUUUUUGUCCAGCAUUCCCACUCCGUCUGGCAUACAUGAUGGCAGAACCUAGCGCCAGCACGAAUGAUGCAUCUGACACACAGCCACAGGCAUCAAACACGACGGCAGCAGAGUCGAGCGAGACGCAGGCAGAGUCGGCGGCUUCAGCAAGUCAUCAAGUGUCACCAGCAGCAGCGUGUGGUCAAUGCGGCAAAUCGGCAGACUCACUCAAGCAGUGCAUAAAAUGCCACAGCGUAGCCUACUGCAACAAGGAGUGUCAAAAGGCACAUUUCAAAGCACACAAAAAAGCAUGUCCCAUCCUGGCGCAAGAGUACGUAAAACGGCAUGAGCCCAAGAUGGCAAGUCGAUCGAGCGGGGCAGCAAAGGGAGGGGCGCGGGAGAGAGGGCUGCAGAAGUGGCAGUGGAGGCGUCUAGACUCGCAUAGACUGGCUUCCCAAACGGAGGGCUUACAUCUGGCGUCUGGCAUGGCAAAGCCAGCAGUCGUGUGCAAAGUCAAGCAUGGCAGCCGAGAACAGGCCCGAAAGGGAUGCGGCGCUCUUGUCCAGACUGUUAGUGGGCUGCAGCUGCAUGCGUGCGAUGCAUCAGAUAGAGGCGCUAGCUGGUGUCGGCGGUUUUGGUUCCUGGCCGCCAGAUCCUCCAGCCACGUCUCCGUGCGCCUGUCCGUCCGCCAGUCUAUCAGUCUCUCCCGCCCGCCCAGGGCAGGUAGCGUGACUGCGCUGCGCCUUGGUCGCCUGCAAACAUCACAAUCGACGUUUGCCAUGACCGAUCCCAAUCCCCGGACCCAAGUCUUCGACCAGCUCCAUGCUGACACCACCACCCUUCUCCCCUCCCAACUCCCGUCCCAGCCCCACGAACCCCUUCCCAGCUCCAUCCCACAGACGCCGGAUGAAGCAGCACAAGCGGCUCCCUGCUCCGACAACGUGGUUCCCGACACCUUUUCUUCAUUUCUCGACGCUUCCCUGCCGCAGCCCUUCCCGCUGCCUUCCGCCUUACCCCAGCCUCUCACCACGCCCAUCACCGAGGAUCGUCCACAUGUCGAUCUGACCCUCAAUUUACCUCAAAGUAGCCCUUCGCUUCCUCCGCCAACAAUAAAGGCAAAGCAUAAUCUACGCCUGCCAUCGUUCCAUGUCCUGGGUAUCGCCGCGCCCCACCCGGACCAUAUUCUGGCGCAACCUGAUCUGCCCUUCUCUCCACUAGGCGCGGGGCCACUAUCAAAGCCAGAAGACCCUCUCCAUGCACUCAGCCCGCUGCCUCACAACUCUAACAACCACACCACGGCCGCCCUCCUUCACACCCCCGUCACCAGUCCCAAGGCAGCAACAGCACGCGUGGGCCCUUCUCUCUCCACCCACACGCCCCCUUCGGACUCGGAGCCAGGAACCAUCAACUGGGGUUCUUUUAUGAACCCUCGUAUUGCUACACUAGGCUCGCCUCCCCACUCGGAUCCAGGUGUCUCGCCCAGUACAAACAUUACCACUCGUGAAUUAGCUCCUCCCCAAGCACAAAUCAUCGUCCCAACUCACGCGCCACUCCCCGAAGCACAGGGAAUGGCUACAUGGAUCGAAAUGGCCAAAAGCACAAUCAUUCACGAAUCCGGAUGUCUAGGCCUAGACUCUGUCAGAAUCCUUUCUCAUGCCCUUCCUUGUCCUUCUACAGCGGGCCAUGUGUUUGGCGACGUCAUUGCUUCGAUUCACGACGCUUCUUCGACCCACACAUCAUGGAUCAAUGUAUUCCAUGCUCUCCCUGGACGCUAUACCCUCCUUGACUUGCCCAAGUCGCCCCCUUCAACCCCAGGCCCUGCAGUCGGAGGUGACUCGUACUUUACCAGCAAGGUCUUUGACAGUGCAGUCGCCAUACCCGACUACCAGCUCGACUCGAAACUUUUGCCCCCAUCCCCUAGACCUGUAGUGCCCCCAGGAAGCAUCAACAUAUCAAUCGUCGAAAGAUACAUCCCCCCCACGAAUACAAACGAAUAUGCUGAAAUGUUUACAUUCCACGGCCGGUCCUUGUUGUACGAUCGCUUGAUCGAACUCUCCAGUGACAAUGGUAUUUUGCUCUUCAUCUACCCAACAAAAACAGGCGCAAAAACGUUCAUGAGACAGUACCUCGGACCCAUCCUCGAUCCGCUAUUGCGCUCUGUGACGGUAGUGCACGAACUUCACUCGGAGCUGGGAAGAGAUAUAGGUCAGAUGGGCUCGGUCAAUUACCUCGAUGUGUAUGAGCAUCUGGAAAUCCAAGUACGAAGAUUUUGUCACGCAAUGAGUGAGCGGCACAUAAGGGCUGACAAGCAAGCGGCGUACCAAGUUAUACAUGCCGCAAAAGAGGAAAUUUUACUAGAAAGAUCAGCAUGGGCAGACGACUGGUGGAUUAAACAAGAAAAGCCUCGUGUGAGAGACGUCGUCAUGAAGUACUUCAACAAAUCCAAGAAGCUUCCCAUGGGUGAAAUGAGCGCUGCCUCGCUUAUCCAGCAUGUCCUUGAUGGCGUAUCAAAACGAGAGUAUCAAGAUGGAGCGCCCACCAAGGGUGUCGAAGUGGGCGUCUUCAUAAUUAAGAAAACCAAAGUUACCACAACAGCAGACCAAUAACAUCAUGGGCAUAAGCCUACCGAAGGUCCAAAGGGG